UGUUUCUCCUGGACUUAUUUUGGUGGUACACUGGGAGCUUUCCAUCAGGUUCCGACCGUUUUAAAGCACCUUAGUUACAUUAAAUUUAUGGAAAGUCAGAAUGACACAAAAUCAUGUUGCUGGCAUGGAGGCGUCCGCCGUCUCCGUCUUGAAGCGGGCGGUGGAGCUGGACCAAAACGGCCGCUUCCAGGAGUCCCUUGUCUGCUACCAGGAGGGCAUCCAGCUUCUGAUGGAUGUGCUGAAAGCGGUAAAGGAAGAGACAAAACGAGGACAUUUCAGAGAAAGGAUCAAAGGCUACAUGGACAGAGCAGAGCAGAUCAAAGCUCACGUUAACCAGAUGAAAGAAGAUGGGAAAUACCACGAAGAAAUAAAAAUCGCAGAGGAUUCCACCGGUUACAGCUAUGAGGUUCUUUUCAAGCCGUACAUCAGCAGCGCUCUGACAGAGGUCUGGGUGGAGGAUCCAUACAUCCGGCACACUCACCAAUUGUACAACUUCCUGCGCUUCUGUGAGAUGCUGCUGAAAGCCCCCUGCAAGGUGAAACAGAUCCACCUUCUCACAUCACAAGAUGAGGCCAACAGCAGCCAGCAGAGCAGUGCUCUGGCUGAGCUGAAGGACAGCCUCAGCACUCAGGGAGUCGAUCUGGAUCUGCAGUAUUCCUCCACCAUCCAUGACCGGGAGAUCAGGUUUGACAAUGGCUGGAUCAUUAAAAUUGGAAGAGGACUAGAUUACUUCAAGAGACCUAAGGGAAGAUUCUCUGUGGGAUAUUGUGACUACGACCUCAGGCAGUGCCAGGAGACCACCGUAGACAUUUUCCACACCAAGCACACCAAAUCUCUAUGAAACUUUAAAAGCUUAAGGUGUUUUUUUUUUCAAACGUGUGUUUAUAUAAAUAUGCAAAAAAAAAAAGCAGGGAUGCAUAUUAUCUAAUAGUGCCUUCAGUUCAUUUGCAGGGCUUGGACUCAUAAUCAGGGUUUACUUUUCAGAUCUGGAAUGGGUGAAACGUUAACCGCGACAUUACAUUUUUUUAUACUUUUGUACUUUGUGGGCUUCUCCUGUUUCUUCUUGCACUUCUGAUGUUAUUUAACUAUAUUCAUUUGCAAAAUGGCACUUUUAGAUGUUAAAGAUUUUAAAGAAUUAGGUGUUGUAAAUAAAUUAGAGCAUUUUUUUUGUGUAGAAAACAAACCGUUAUAAGCUUUCAUGAUACCACAAACAUUUCUGUUGUAAUUUUUUGCAUAAUCUUUUAACUAUAACAUCAAAAUAAUCCCAGGUUAUAGAAUUUGUAAAAAGCAAAGUAGCUUAAAAAAAACUCACUCCAAAUAUUAAUUCUACUAGGGUGACAUCAGCUAAAUUGGGCCACAUUUUGGUGAAUUGCUUGGGAUACUGAGAAAAAAUAAUGUAUGACAUUUGAUAUUGUUUAUUUCUAUAUAUACAUUUGUUUUUUAUUAACGUAUCAACCAACAGUUACCAAUAUGUCAGGGCACUCAGAUGAUAUACACUGAUGUUUAAAAAAAGUUCAGUCUGACAUUCAGUCAGCAACUAACAGAAAAUCCUAUAAAAGAUUAAAGCAGUGAGAAGCUGA